AUGUCCGAUAAGAUAGCUAUAGUAUUUGUUCACGGCUUUAAAGGUGGUGCAGACACUUUCGGCGAUCUUCCUAGUGAUUUAGAAUCUGCAUUAAAUGAAGAAUCGAAAUAUAGCACUCUAAUAUACCCACCAUGGAAGACUUCAGGUAAAUUAGAAGUGGCGGUCGACGAUCUACAAAUCUGGAUGAAAGAAAAGUAUCAGGAAUUCGGAUACACAAGUUACGUAUUAGUUGCACACUCAAUGGGCGGUUUACUCGCCGCUGAUUUAUAUUUGAAAGACACAUACGAGGGUGGUCAUUUGAACAUAAAAGCUGUUCUCAAUUUGGAUAGCCCGAUGGUCGGUUUACAUCCCAAUGUGUUCGCUCAUACGACAGCCAAAUUUGGUGAUUACUAUGAUAAGUUUAACAAAAUCAAGGAAAUCGCAGGUGGAGCGACAGUUCUAGCUCCAUUUGUGGGCGCCCUCUGGGGUACCACCAGGUUGAAUGAAAGUGAGAGAAUAGCUAAAGAGGAGGAAGAGAAGAAAACCAAGCAACAGCAACAGGCCAGCACAAGCUACAUUAAGCCAGCAGGUGCAGCUAUUGCAACCGUAUCUGCACUUGGUGCUGGCGUCUACUUUGGUAGGGACAAACUCCUUGAGGCGUAUCGGUGGACAACUGGGCAGACUGUCGAUCAUUUGCUAUUUCUCUCUAAUCUAUGGAAUUCACGGAUGCUCAAGGAACGGCUAGAGAGUAUAUCGACAAACGAUGUUCUAUUUAAGAACUAUUACACUCAUUUGCCCCAUUUGAAUGAUCGUACAUUCUGUUUGAUACCUUCCAACAACAAAAUGUUUAUUAAAGCUUCAAAUACCCUCGCUAGCGAUGAAGUGGGUGCACAUAUUGGUAUGUUUAACGCAUCGUCCAACAGUGAUUACCACGAACUAAUCAAAAAUUUGGUUCAAGACAUUCGAUCAUGCUAA